AUGGCGGGUACAGCGAUCCACGACCUGCCAGAGGAGCUGCUCGCCGAGAUCUUAUCCCACUUUGCCUCGGAACAACACGACGUCGACUUUGACACGCUCAAGGCGUGCGCGCUCGUGCACUCGAGUUGGCGGGAUUCCGCACACAAGAUCAUAUGCGAGGCCGGCGUCGAGCUGGAGACAGAGGCGGACGUUGCGCAGUGGACGAGGACGAGGCGUUUGCGGCGGUAUGCGCCGAAGGAGCUGAGCGUACGGGCGUACAAAUCAAGGACGGCGUUGGGCAAGCUGCUCGACGGCUGCGACGGCCUACGAUGGCUCAUGCUGGCGACGCCGACUCGCAACUUUGACCCGGCCGUCCUCGCGCAUCCCGCUUUGUCAGACCUGCGCACCCUCAUCCUGCAAGGCGAGAUCCUCCGCGCACCGCUGGACCUCGUCUACCCGUUCCGCCUUCGCUCGCUCGUCGUGGCCGACACCGCCUUUCGAUCCCCUCACCUCGCCUCCUUCCUCGACACCAUUGCCAAAACGUCCUCCAACACACUCAAGACCCUAUCUUUAUCCGGCUUCUCGUCAAACGCGCAUCCAGCAGUCGCCUGCUCACUCCUCUCCUUCGCCUCAUCCCUCACGCACCUCGGCCUCUCACUGGCCUCGUCCGACCCAUCAGACCCCUACCACCCGCUGCUCGCCUCUUGCACCACCCUCGAAUCCUUCGAAUGCACCUCCCUCCCCGCCUCCUUACUCUCGCACCUGCCGCCAACUCUCGCAGGCCUCGCAACAACCGAAGAUGCACCGUGCAUACCUAUCUCUGCGCUUGCUGCGGCGCUCGAACGGCUCAAGGGUAUCAAGAGGCUGUAUUUCGCCUGCUUGAGGGAGGAUUUUUGCUUGCUUCCAGGCGCGGCGAAGUUGGUCAACGAGACGGAGGCGAGAGGGGUCAAGUGGUGGUUUGCGGAUGAUAGAGACUGA